GGCGGCCGGACAGGUCCUCAUGGCGGCGACGGCUUGGGCGCGGCGCAGAGGCCACUGACUGGAACUGCGAGCCUGGCGGGCGUGCGCCGAGCCCCGGCCCGGCCCGGCCUCCCGCGUGCCCCCGCACCCCUGAUGCUGUGCGGGCGCUGAGUCCGCCGCGGCCGGGACGAUGGUGAAGUAUUUCCUGGGCCAGAGCGUGCUCCGAAGUUCCUGGGACCAAGUGUUCGCUGCCUUUUGGCAACGAUACCCGAAUCCCUAUAGCAAACAUGUCCUGACGGAGGACAUAGUGCACCGGGAGGUGACCCCUGACCAGAAGCUCCUGUCCCGGCGACUCCUGACCAAGACCAACAGGAUGCCCCGCUGGGCAGAGCGACUGUUCCCCGCCAACGUCGCCCACUCGGUGUACAUCCUGGAGGACUCUAUUGUGGACCCACAGAAUCAGACCAUGACCACCUUCACUUGGAACAUCAACCACGCCCGGCUGAUGAUGGUGGAGGAGCGAUGUGUUUACCGGGUGAACGAGGACAACAGUGGCUGGACCGAGAUCCGCCGGGAAGCCUGGGUCUCCUCCAGCUUGUUCGGCGUUUCCAGAGCUGUUCAGGAAUUUGGCCUUGCCCGGUUCAAAAACAACGUGACCAAAACUAUGAAGGGUUUUGAGUACAUCUUGGCCAAGUUGCAAGGUGAGGCGCCCUCCAAGACACUGGUUGAGACAGCCAAGGAAGCCACCGAGAAGGCCAAGGAGACGGCACUGGCAGCUACAGAGAAAGCCAAGGACCUGGCCAACAAGGCGGCAAGCAAGAAGCAGCAGCAACAGCAGCAGUUUGUGUAGCUGGCCUGGCCCCCAGGGCCCGGGCCUCCCCACCACUGCCCCUGCACCUCUACACACACUGCACUCAGCCCCUCAGCCCACACCCCUGUACUUGGUGAUUAAAAAUCAGCUUGCAGCCCUCUCUGCUGUUUGGGUGGGGGCGGGGUGGUGGCUUCUGUCCGCCGUGGGCAGCUGCCGGCAGCAGGGCUACGGCGCCGCCAGGCACAGACUGUAAGCUCCAUGCGGGCAGGGCGCGGUUUUGUCCUUUGAUGUGUCCCUGCUACCUGGAACAAAUAGCUGGCACAUUACAGACACUCAAUAAACACUUACUGAAUUCA